AUGACCUCAAUUGGAACGGGAUAUGAUCUCUCGAACAGUGUGUUCUCACCAGAUGGCAGAAACUUUCAAGUUGAAUAUGCCGUGAAAGCGGUUGAAAAUGGAGCGACUUCGAUUGGAAUAAAGUUUGAUGAUGGAAUUGUACUUGCUGUAGAGAAACUAGUUACUUCGAAGCUACUUGUUCCGGGCAAAAACAUGAAAAUCCAAACGAUAGAUCGGCACAUUGGUUGCGCUUAUUCUGGAUUAUUACCCGAUGGGAGACAUCUGGUCAACCGAGGACGUGAAGAAGCCGCUAGCUUCAAGAAAAUGUACGCCGAGCCCAUUCCUAUUCCCGCUUUGGCAGACCGUCUUGGUCAAUACGUACAGGCCCACACCCUUUACAACAGUGUGAGACCUUUUGGUAUAUCAGCGAUAUUCGGUGGUGUGGACGAGAAUGGACCUCAUCUCUAUCUAUUGGAGCCUAGCGGAACCUAUUGGGGCUACAAAGGAGCAGCUACUGGUAAAGGCAGACAAUCCGCUAAAGCGGAGCUCGAGAAACUAAUCAGCAAGAGGCCUAAUUUAAAUGCAAGAGAGUCUGUGCUAGAGGCCGCACGCAUAAUUUAUCUGGCUCAUGAAGAUAACAGAGAGAAAGAAUUCGAACUUGAAAUGUCUUGGUGCUCCAUCAGCGAAACCAACGGACUUCACAAGAGCAUCCCAAAAGAUCUAUUCGACGAAGCUGUAGCUUUUGCUAAAAAGGAAAAUGAUGAGGAAAAUAGCGAUAGCGACGAUUCUGGAGACGACAGUGACGGAAGCGAUUCUGGCGAAAAGAAAGAUGCGGAGGGAGAUUUGCAAUUAGAGUAA